CUUGGAGGCUCCGGACAGACCUGGUGGUUUCCGUGCGUCAGGACGCACUUCUGGAGGAGCGCAGUGAUCCGGUGAGAGGGCCAGUCGGCGUGCUUAAUCCGGGACAAAACCCACCUCACCUGCACCGAGGAAACCCUCCAUCUUCACCCGCCCUCCUCCUCCCCCCCGGCCCCUGGUUUCCCUCUCAUUUUUCGGGACUAGUGCGCGUCUGUUCUUUCGGGAUGGAGCGCGCACGGGACGGUGCUUGCUCUGCUGGGAUGUUUAUCCUCGGGGUGCUGACGGUACUGUGGUCGGCGCCAAAUGGAGUUUUGAGCUUUAACCUUUACGCAGAACGUCCUACCGUUUACAGAGGACCCGAUGGAAGUUACUUUGGCUAUUCUGUGGACUUCUACCAAGCGUCCUCCGACAGCAACACGAUCAGUGUAUUGGUUGGGGCUCCCAAGGCAAACACCUCCCAGCCCGGUGUGGUGGAGGCUGGGGCUGUCUACUACUGCCCCUGGCCCGGAGCGCCGGACAGCUGCAGACAGAUUCCUUUUGAUAAUUCAAACAACAGGAUGAUAAAGGUAAACGGCACCAGAGAGCCUCUGGAGUUCAAGUCGCACCAGUGGUUCGGAGCAUCCGUGAGGACCCACAAAGGAAAAGUGGUGGCAUGUGCUCCUCUCUACCACUGGCGGACAGUGAAUCUGAGCGGGGAGAAGGACCCGGUCGGGACCUGCUACGUGGCCGUCCAGAAUUUCAGCGCCUACGCCGAGUACUCACCCUGCAGGACCAAUGAUCCAGACCCAGAGGGACAAGGCUUCUGCCAGGCUGGUUUUAGUGUGGAUUUCAACAAGGACGGGAUGCUGGUGGUGGGAGGACCUGGAAGCUUCUACUGGCAAGGCCAGGUAAUGACAGCGGGGAUAGCUGAGAUACUCAACGGCUACUCCUUGAAGGCGGUGCUGAGACGCGUUCCAGGAGAGAAACACACCCGAGCUGCCGAAGACACACACGACGACAGCUACCUUGGUUACUCUGUGGCAGUGGGGGAGUUUACAGGAGACUCUGAACAAGAACUGAUAGCCGGAGUCCCAAGAGGAGCUCAGAACUUUGGAUAUGUGGCAAUGAUGAAGUCCACUAAUCUGACCUUCAUCCAGAACUUUACGGGGGAGCAGAUGGCCUCCUAUUUUGGCUACUGUGUGGCUGUCUGUGACCUUAAUGGUGAUGGGACCGACGACGUGCUGGUGGGAGCGCCCCUCUACAUGGAGAGAGAGAUGGAGAGCAAACCCAGAGAGGUGGGGAGAGUGUACCUGUACCUGCAGAUGGCCCCGCUCACUUUCUCCAAACCCGUUGCACUAACCGGCACACACACCUUUGGGCGCUUCGGCACGGCUAUAGCACCACUGGGAGACAUCAACCAGGAUGGUUUCGAUGACGUGGCGGUGGGCUGUCCGUUCGGCGGCGAGGAACGCGGAGGCAGAGUGUUGAUCUUUAACGGUAACCGAGACGUAUCAACGCGAGGCCUGACGCUGAGCCAAGAGCUGCGAGCAGCCGGGACCCCCAGCGGCAGCUUGCCUGGAUUUGGAUUCACUCUGCGAGGGGGCCAGGACCUGGACAACAAUCAGUAUCCCGAUUUGAUAGUGGGGGCGUUCGGGGCAGGCGAGGUGUCGCUGUACAGGUCUCAGGCUGUGGUGUCCGUGGAAGCCACGAUGACCUUGACCCCCAGGACCCUGAAUCCCGAUGACCGACAGUGUCGCCUGCCUCAAACGGAUACCAUGGUUACUUGCCUAAAGGUGGAGGUGUGUGCAGCAGUGAGUGGAGUGGGGAUCCCCAGCGCUGUGGACCUGAGAGCGGAGCUGCAGCUGGAUUGGUUGAAGGGAACCAGAGGAGGAGUCAAGAGAGUUCUGUUCCUGGACACCCAGCAGCCUCAGCGCAACGGGAUCCUAAAAUUGGGAUACAACAGCCCGAAUGCAUGUCUGACCUACACCAUUUAUCUGAGAGAAGAAGAUGAGUUUAGGGACAAAUUGACCCCAAUCUCACUGGCUCUGAACUACAGCUUGGCUCCACCCAGUCAUAGCGGAAGCCUGCCACCUGUCCUCAACCAUUACAGCAGUACCUUCCUUCAAGAGCACGCCUACAUUCUCUUGGACUGCGGUGACGACAAUAUUUGUAUCCCCGACCUCCAGCUCUCUGCCACCAUGGACCGCUCCGAGAUGGUUAUUGGAGACGACAACCUGGUAAUGUUGACCAUCACUGCGGUGAACCGAGGAGAGGGAGCCUACGAGACGGAACUCUACACGCUGAUACCGACGGAGGCCGACUACAUUGGAGUGGAGCGCAGGGUGGAGUCCUUAUCGCAGCUGAACUGCGAGUACAAGCUGGUCAACGAGUCCAGAAUGGUGGUGUGUGACCUCGGGAACCCGAUGGUGGCAGGAACGGAGCUGUCCGUCGGUUUGAGAUUUUCCGUCCAAAGGCUAGAAGACGCGGGACCGAAGAUGACCUUUGGGCUACAGAUCCACAGCUCCAACAAAGAUAACUCCAAAAGCAACCCGGUCAGUUUGAAUCUGUCCGUCAUCGCCAGAGCGCAGCUUGACUUACGCGGGGUGUCUCAUCCCUCUCAAGUGGUGCUGCCUUUCCCACGCUGGGAACCCAAAGAGAAGCCUGUCAAAGAGGACGACGUGGGACCGCAAGUAACGCACAUCUACGAGCUCCAUAACUUUGGUCCCAGCAGUAUUCAGGAGGCUGAGCUCCAGGUCGGCUGGCCUUCCCGUUUCCGUGACGAGAACCUGCUGUAUGCAAUGGAGAUCAGAACUGACGGACCUAUUAGCUGCCGUACAGAAACCAGCCUCAACCCACUUGGCCUUCAGAUCUCCUCUCUCCAGGACACACCUGAAUUAUUGGGAUUUUUGAGGAACGCCAGCACUCCUCCACAUCGCCACAGGCGCUCCACCUCUGCCGCUGACAGUAAUAGCGGUAAAACCUUGAAUUGUACCAACAUCUCUUGUCUGUACAUCGUGUGUAACGUUGGCCGGUUGGAUCGCGGUCAGAGUGCCGUGGUGAAGAUCCGCUCCAGACUCUGGGCGCACACUUUCCUGCAGCGGCGCAACGACCCCUACAUCCUCAACUCUACUGUGUUCUUCACAGUCCGAUCUCUGCCCUACCGCAUCCGACCCUCCGCCCUGCCUCAACACACCACCUCGAUGGGGACGCUGGUGUUGUGGGGUACUCCCGACGUGUCGUUCGCCGUUCCCCUCUGGGUCAUCAUCCUGGCCAUACUGCUGGGGCUGCUAGUGCUGGCCAUGUUGACGUUAGCUAUGUGGAAGUGUGGUUUCUUUGACCGGGCGCGGCCACCGGCUGACGAUGACGUCGCCGACCAUGAGAAGCUGACGUCCGAGGAAACCGGGGACGCGUAGGAAGGUGUUGUACAGCUUCUGGAUUGGAGAACGGUGUUGGAGAGGGACAUGUGCCUUCUGAGUAACUUAAAUCAGAUCUGAGAUCUGCAUUAGUCAGACUCUACAUUCCUUUGCUGGAGGUCUUCUACCUCUACGGUAAUGAAACUACCAGACGGAGGACUUCAGCGCCGCACAGACUGGGAGCAAAGAACGAGGUUCAAACCAGCCUACGUGGGACUAAAAAACACUUCACGGGACACACACACACACACAUGUAGACUGUUGAUCCAUUCUGAUGAAGCACCAAAAUGUAAGAUUUUUCAAGAUUUUAAACAUUUUUGUGUAUCUGUGUGAGUGGAGCACAAACAUACUUGAGAUCUAUGCACAAGUGGUUUUAAGAGUGCGUGUGUGUGUGUGUGUGUGUCUGCGUGUGCGCGUGACUGCGCGUGUGCGCUUGUGAGUGUGUGUGUGUGUGUGUGCACGCAUGUCCUGUUCAAAUGUUUGUCUAUUAGGUGCCUCUCGUUUUAGGUUUUCAUUGAGUAACGAAAUCAUUUCCCCGUGUGAUUUAACUGGGCUGUGUAGCAAUGUUUUACACACACACAUACAAAAACACACAUGCUUAAACACAAA